AUGGAGGCUAAAGCUGUGGAUGACUAUGUUGAGCUUUCAAAUGCGGCCAAAAACGGGCCUUUGCUGGGUAGGCUGGUGAAUUAUCAGCCCUUAUUUAGUACGGAUCCGAAAGUGCGGUCAUACCCGCUGAGUGAGCUAUCUGCACCAGAUCAAAAGAGGACUCAGGAAGCUCUAGUUGUACGGGACCUUUUAAACGUUCUAGUGGGGCUAGAAGGCGUGUAUAUUCGCUACAAUAACUAUUAUGAUCCACAUAGUGAUGUGGUUCCAGAGUUUAAGAUAGCAAAGACGAUGGACCCUUCGUUGAAAUCAUUUAGUAAGAGGAUAGCCAAGUUGGGGAAAUAUUAUAUUGUGCUGACAAAAGUGGCCGAAAAAUGGUCAGAGCCCUCAUUUGGAAAUAUAUUGCAUCGAUUUGGAUUUGAAGUAAAGAGGUUUCUGAGGCUCAACUAUUUACAUUUCAUUGCUGAUCGUCUAGAGAGGGAUUUCAAGGAAAGUACAACUUUCUCUAUAAGUGAAUUAGAGCAAGUAAUAACCGAUGUGGAAAUUACAAAACAAUUAGAAUUGCUGUAUACAGUAUCCGAGAGAAUCGACCGAGAAGAUCGAACAAGAAGGAAUAUGGACCGAGUGAAGGAAGACUUCAAUAAUUUUAUCAAUGAUUUGAAGGAUCAAGGACAAUCUAGUAACGCUUUCAUACUGGCAACAGAUACUAGAGUGCUUCCAAUAGCGAAAGGUGGUGUUAUUCUUCGCAUAAUACAAGAAAUGGUACAUGAAAACCUCGGAGAUCGAACUAACGUGGCAUUUUUGAACAAUAUCCUGAAUGAUGUUGCUGGGAACUACUGUGAGAUGCUUUUCAAGUGGCUUACUGAAGGUAAGUUAAACGACCCUUACGAUGAGUUCAUGGUAGUCGAUACGAUGAAAAAUGUCAAUGAUAUAACUCCACAUAUGAAGUAUGGUGAUCGACUGUGGGAUACUCAAUUCGUGAUCCGUAAAGACGGUCUUCUCAAGCAAUAUGAUUCAAAUGCGGACAAUGAACUGUUAUUUAUGGUGUUAACGACGGGAAAGUUAGUGAACUUGGUAAAGACUAGUUUAAACAAAGUCAACCUGACAUUGGCAACUAAUAGAGAUGAUGAAAUAAAAAACUUCUCGGAACUUAUGGAGGGCUCCACUUUGGAGUUAUACAUCAAUAAGUGGUACAACGAGGCCAACAAGUUAUGUCUUCAGAUGUACCUCGAGGGAUAUGAAUUGGUGAAGUUGAUUAGGAUGUUACAGAAACAUUAUUUCGGGUAUCAUAAUGCAAACGGCGUAUCGAGAUUCCUGCAAAAGAAUAUGGUCGAACUUACAAGAAGAUAUAGGAAAAAUGGGUAUGAGCGUGAGAAGCUACAGAGAGCUUUUGAAAUUGAAAGGGAAUCGAAAUACUCCAGCAACAACGAUUUAGUGAAACAAUUACUGAAUUUACAACUGGACGAUCAACCAUUUGGAGAGGUUAUAUUACAGUACGUGAGGCAAGGCGAAGAGCAAAGAGAAGAAUUAACUAUUUCCGGAGAAGACGAUGGGACUCGAUUAUUGCGGGCGAACAAUUUCCAAAAUUUGAAGGACAUUCUCUUGCAAGAACUUACGUCUGCUCAUGAUGGAAGCGAAGACAUAAAGGCCCUCAAGAGUAACAUUUACUACCUAAAUUUCGAAAUGAUCGUGCCGUACCCAAUAAGCAUCAUUAUCACAAGACCCUGCAUUGUUCAAUAUCAGAUCAUUUCAAGGUAUUUCUUUCUUCUUCAAUACUAUAGCAAGUUGCUCGAUGAUACAUGGAUAGAAAUCAACAAGAAUAUUGUAUGGAAAUACAGAGGCUUCACGAAAUUAGUUCGCCAGAGAGUCAUAAAGAGAAGUCGUGUGCUCCACAACCAGAUGAGCCAAUUUGUUAAACUAGUACUGGAGUAUUUUACACAAGAUGUCGUCGAGAGAGAGAUGAAUGCAAUGACCAGCACAACCACCAAGAAAGCCUCUAUCCUGGACUGGCAAUCUUGCUCGCAAGAGUGCUUAACUAAUAUAAUGACCAAUUGUUGUCUCUCGCAGCUGAUCGAGAUUCAAUUACAAAUAUUUGAGAUUAUUCACAAGUUCUGCAAAUUCAUCACAUCCAUGAGACGCGAAUUCUGCCAACUAGAUGCAAAUCUCUACGAGAUGUACACCUCCUCCAACAGCAGGCGAGUGGAUAUACCCACAAAUAUCUACACUCCGGAAGAAUAUACAACAAGAACAUCAGAAUACAUUACUUACAUCGACAUGGUAGUCCAGGGGUUCCAGCAACAUGUACUCGCCUUCAAGGAAGGAUUGGGCCACCAUCACCGCAGCAACAGAUCUAGAGAUACAAAUGGCGACGACCACCAUAGCGCCGCUAGGCUCUUAACCUCAUUAUCCAGCUAA